UGUACGCAGAAAGGAGGAGGAGAAUUAUAAGAGCCAUGACAGUUAAAAACGAGACUGUUUGAUAGUAAGAGCAUCCAGUCUGAUUGACAUCAAAAUGAGGUGCUGUGUUUUUCUCUUUCUGCUCCUGCAGGUUUGGGGAGGUUUAGGCUUUCCUCUGUUUGAGCUCAACUCAAAAGCAGAUGAUGCUCUGCAGAUGGCGCUCAGUCAGAUCAAUGCACGCAUUGCCAGGAAUCACCUCUACAGAGUGUCCAAGGCAUCUGUAAAGAGGAUUGUUCCUUUGGGAAUGAACACUUUUGAUCUGCAUCUGAGGUUUGGCGUUAGGGAGACGGAGUGUCAGAAGAGCUCUGGGGUCGAUCCUCAAGGCUGCAUGUACCGCAAAGGUUUUUUUGUGCCGGAGGCCGGGUGCUAUAUCAGAGCCAGAGUGAGUCAGGAUGUCACUCGUAUCAUCUCUCUCAGAUGCACAAAGGCUGACAGCUCGAGCUCUGAGUCCAGCGAGGAGGGAGGGUUAGGAUUAUACUUCGAUUCAAAUCAUUUUGGGACUAGAGAACGCACACAUUCAACUUUAGCGCCAAACAUUAAAGCGGCUCCACCAAUAUAUGCGGGUCAUCAUGACAACACUGAAACCAACAUCGCUCGUGGAGACAACUUCGACAAUCACCUGCCGUAUCACUGACCUGCUGGAUGAAAUCACAUGAAGAUUCUUCACACAAACUUUACGGUGCUACAAACAAAGCUAAACAAAAAGACUACUGUACUAAGGAUGUUGUCAUUGGCUACCAAUAACUACAGACUCCACUGAAACAUGAAACGAGAUUAUUCACUGUAUGAGAUAUGAAUAUGAAUAGAAACCUGCUAGAAUUAACCUCUACAAGAAACCCAAUAAAAACAGAAACAUGGAUGAUA